AUGGUCACGUUGAGCGAUCUGCCGGACUCGGUGCUGUUGGAGGUUUUCUCGUACCUCCCGGUGCGGGACCGGAUCCGCAUCUCCAGGGUGUGUCACCACUGGAAGAGGCUGGUGGACGAUCGGUGGCUCUGGAGACACGUCGACCUGACCCUCUACACGAUGCGCCCUAAAGUCCUGUGGCACCUCCUUCGCCGGUACAUGGCCUCUCGGCUCCAGUCCCUGCGGCUGGGCGGCUACCUGUUCUCUGGCUCCCAGGCGCCUCAGCUGUCACCAGCCCUGAUGAGGGCUUUGGGUCAGAAGUGCCCUAACCUGAAGCGCCUCUGCCUGCACGUGGCUGACCUGACCAUAGUGCCCAUCACCAGCCUGCCCUGCACCCUGCAGACCCUGGAGCUGCACAGCUGCGAGAUCUCCAUGAGCUGGCUCAUUGACAAGCAGGACCCCACGGUAUUGCCCUUGCUCGAGUGCAUUGUGCUGGACCGUGUCCCUGCCUUCUAUGACGAUCACCUGCAGGGCCUGAAGCGCUUCCGGGCCCUGCGCUCGCUUGUGCUAGGCGGCACCUACCGUGUGACCGAGACAGGGCUGGAUGCAAGCCUGCAGGAGAUGAACUACCUGCAGAGGCUGGAGGUGCUGGGCUGCACCCUCUCAGCUGACAGCACCUUCCUGGCCAUCAGCCGCCACCUCCGAGAUAUACGCAAGAUCCGAGUGUCCGCGAGGGGCCUCUCUGCCCCCGGCCUGGCGGUCCUGGAGGGAAUGCCGACCCUUGAGAGUCUGUGCCUGCUGGGCCCACUCGUCACUCCGGAAAUGCCCUCUCCAGAAGAAAUCCUUGCCACCUGCCGCACCAUGCCCAAGCUCAGAGUCCUUGAGCUUCAAGGACUGGGCUGGGAGGGUCAGGAGGCUGAGAGAAUCCUGUGUAAGGGGCUGCCCCACUGCAUGGUCAUUGUCAGGCCCAGCCCGAAAGAGUCCAUGGACUGGUGGAUGUGA